UCAACAGAUUGGUUUGUUUGUUGCAGGUACCGUCCAGCUACCUGAUCCUGUGGGUGACCGUGGACGUCUUGUCAGCUGUGAUAAUCAUCACAGUGUUUAUAGUACAGAGAAUCCGACUGUAUGGGACUUCAUUUAUCCCUGAAACCAUCUCCCUGAACAGCACGGCCCGCAGCGCCCAGGGACACCGAUCUCGCAAUAUGAAGGAGAAACUGCUGUACAACAUGACGGAUGGGGACCUAGUGGAGGAGGUGGAUGUACGUGCUGGCCACGGCGGCGUGGUCAACCAGCCCGCUUCAUCGUACUCCAUGGCUCCAUCAACAACGACCCCUACUCCAGUAGAUACCACAAUGGGAACACCUUCCCCGACAUUGUCUAUACAAAGCUCUGAUACCCAUGAUGUUACCAACUGA